UCCUGUCGUAGGCUUACCCAGCGGUUCAGCUUUUGCUUCCUCGAUUGUAAUCCAGCUUUCCGCUCCAUCAACAACGGCAUUUUGAACAUGGCGGGUGAUACAGAUAAUCAACCAGAAGAGAAACCCGAUUCAAUGGAGAAGAAAGUGUUGCAACUGGAUCAAAUUUGGAGCAGGAAAGACCGACAAUGGCAUUAUGUGAGAACGGCCAAGGCUAGAACCACGGAGAAGCUGAGCCGUUCCCGGAAGAACCCACUUGUAGUACGCCGUAUCUGCGGCAUGUUCGGUAAGAUAGAACAUGUCGAAAUAGACGUCAAGUCAAUGAAGCUCGCGAAGCUUCUCGGGGAGAUACUGCAUGACUGUCUUGGAUUGAAUCUCCACAAAUCGCCACCGCAACUAUCACCCCAGGAUCUCUACCAUGCAUGGAACGGGCUUACAUCACACUUGGAGGCUGAAAAGUCGAAGAGUGAUGCCGACAACGACCUCAUCAGCGACAUACUAGCAACUCGUGAAUAUCUCUCCCAAGAGUACAAGGUAGAGAGUGAAAGCCUAUUCUCACUGCUCCAGCAUAACGAAAUCACUUACGGACAAGUGUGGCAAAUCUUUUCUCCCGGGACUGUGAUUUUCUCGGACAACAACGUGCUAUGCCAGCCGUCAGCUUCCCUAUAUGGCUCUGGCUCCUAUCAGUCAGAUAAGGACAGCAAGUUCUUUGAGAUCAGCGGUCGAAUACUUACACACGACAGCGAAGACUUUGGUUGGGGAUACGAAAGAUACCGAAUCGUGCCAUUUGAAGGUACCAAGAAAAUCACCAGCCUCGAAGCGUAUCCAAUCCGUUACCAUCAGGACGCCGAGCCACUCCAGAAAAGUCUUAUAAAGAGGGGCCGAGAUUACGUUCGAUUCAUGAAAGAACCAACGUGCCGAGAAUACUGUGGACUCGCUGUUCGAAUGGAAAGUUCGAUGUUGGGGCCUGCGAAGUCUACUCGGUUCAAAUCUGAAGGAAGAAUCAUGGUUGAUCCGGCUGCUUUCGGUUCUCACAACCCUGCCGCAAACGAGCUUCUCGAGCCUUGGGUUACGGACGAAGUUGUUGUAACCGACCCGGAUUCUUUGAAAGACGAAGACUUGCUGUUAUGCAACCAUCGAAUUCUCGGGUACUCUUUUGUGCAAAAGACUUGGGCAGCGUUCUCCGUAUCCAACAUGAGUGACGUUAUUUGGAAUGAGGACGCUUUUGAUAAGCUUAUCAUUGCGGAAAAGAAAAGGAGAAUGAUUCGACUCUUGGUCCAGUCUCAUAAACCAAAUUCGGACGGCUCUUUCGAUGACAUCAUCAAAGGAAAGGGAAGAGGCUUGGUUGGUCUUUUGAGUGGUAGUCCUGGAGUCGGAAAAUCGCUCACAGCAGAGGCUGUCGCAGAAGUAUCUCACCGGCCGCUGUACAGUGUCUCAGCUGGAGAGCUGGGGACUGACGUACAAAGGGUUGAUGAUCGACUUGGAAUGAUACUGGAGAUUGUACGGAGGUGGGAAUGCGUUCUUUUAAUUGACGAGGCGGACGUGUUCCUGUACAAGAGAGGAGAAUCUCAGGUGGAGAGGAAUGCGCUUGUCAGUAUUUUCCUUCGAAGACUUGAGUACUUCACCGGCAUAAUCAUUUUGACAACCAAUCGACAAAAAGAUAUUGACGAAGCAUUCAAAAGUCGCAUCCACUUCAAAUUCCACUACCCUCCGCUUCAUGCUGAGGCUCGCCUGAAGAUCUGGGAAAACAUGCUGGCUUCUGUUACCGAUAAGAUGCCAGACUGGAAGCUUACUGAUGAAGACAUGAGGAGUUUGGCAUCAAAGCCUUUGAAUGGGCGAGAGAUCAAGAAUGCGGUCUCGUGUGUGGCUUCCAUCAUUCGCGCAAACCAAGAGCCUCUAUCGAUGUCACUGAUCAAGGAUAUUCUUGAGACUCUUGUCGAAGACGAAGAACCUGGAGAUCAAUGAACUGACUUUGCUGUGUUUGAGAGCACUAGCCGUGGACGUGUAUCGAGUCGAGAACAUGCGGAGAGCCAAUGACAUUUUAUACACGAUUGCUAGUUUUGCAUUUGCAGUUUUGGCGUUGGAAUCAAUACUAUAUUUGCU